UCUCUAUCUCGCCUUUCGAUCGCUGAGAUGCCUUCAUACGCCGGUGAAGACCCCCACCGCUCGCUAAUCGCGGAGGAAUUGUCCAUGGAUGACGGCAAAAAUCGUCACAUAUUGCUGGCCAACGACGACGUUUUCGCCGAGGGGCAACAGGCCCGACAAGACGAGCUCGACGCAUUGGUUGACAGUCUUGCUCAGCCAUCGGGUCUGGGAGAUCUGCAGAGCUUCUUGGCCAGUGACGCCGCGCAGAAGGACAAGAUCGAUCAGCUGGUUAACUUCCUGGCUGACGGUCCCGCACCGGAGACUCACAACGAGCUCGUGGCGGAGACGGACAUAUUUGCCGACGAGCAAGAGCAGAAGCAGAAAGAGCUGGAUGCGCUGGUGGACUCACUGUCCGGUAUCUCCAUGGCUCCUUCUCCAGCAACCGCUACGGCCACAGCUUUGCUGGCAUCGGACGUUAACGACGUGGGCGUUGCCAAUGCGCAGGCUUCGUUCCUCAACGUGAUAGGAGGUGCGGUCCUGCUGCUGGUUGCUGUGGUGCUGAUCGCCAUGACCAGACGCUCGCAGUCGAAGCGAGAGGAAGAGGAGGAUGAGCGCAUGGAUUUUGGCUACAGCAUCUUGUAUGAGUGAAGCUCCACAA